UACUCAGGCUCCUCUUGGGCUGAUCAAGCCCCUUCCGAUUCCGGAGAGGCCGGGUGAGAGCCUGUCCAUGGACUUCAUGGAUACGCUAGUCACCAGCAAGAGUGGGAUGAGACAGAUCUUUGUCAUCGUGGAUAAGUUUAGUAAGUUUGCUAGGUUAGUAGCAAUGCCUGAGACAGCAAAGACUGAGUACGAGGUUAAGUUGUUCAAAGAAAACUGGGUGAGAGAUUUCGGAUUGCCCAAGUCUAUUGUGAGCAACCGGGAUGUCACGUUUACAAGCGAGUUAUGGAAGGCCGCUGCAGCUGAACAGGGAACUCAACUGCAGAUGACUUAUGGGAAUCAUCCCGAAGCCAACGGCCAGGCCGAACAGAUGAACCGCGCUGUGCAACACUUGUUGAGGCAUUAUAUCAAGCCCAACCAGGUGGACUGGGACGAAAAGCUCGCACUUGUCGCCAGUCUGUACAAUAACGCUGUACACAACGCUACAGGGGUGAGUCCUAACAGUCUACAACUAACGUUUAAGCCUAGACUGCCCUUAGACUUCCUUCUUCCGGACAACCAGCCAAGUGCUACACCAGGCACUCUAGAGUUUGCCUACCGAUAUGAACAGAAGAUGCAGGAGGCUGUAGAACAUAUGCAGAAGGCACAGGCAGCAAUGAUAGAAACUCAGAACAGACACCGCCGCCCUUCUACAUUUCAGGUCGGGGACAGAGUCUGGGUCAAGUCCUCGGAAUUAGGACAAGAGUUUGGGAUAUCUCGCAAACUCAUGCCUCAGUACUUUGGCCCUUGGGAGGUUUUAGACAUAGUUGGGACAGAUCCAGAUGGGCCAUCCUAUGUCAUUCGUAUCCCUGGUCACCUCAGAACUUAUCCAGUCUUUCAUGCUUCCAAGCUCGCUGCGUUCAAGGAGACUAAACAAUUUCCAUCGCGUCGUUCUAUGCUGCCCCCAACCAUGGAUGGAGAAGUCGACAUUGAUGAUAUCGUCGACCACAGAGAAAUGCCUGUGCUUAAGCCUCCAGGAAGGGGACGUCCUCCAAAGCCAAAGCUGCAGUUUCGUGCCAGCAGUUUAGGAGCUGUAGGGUCAACGGUCGCGCAGAUCCAGAGUCAGUCCACUGGCUUAAUGGCAAGCCAGCCCUUACUGAUGACUCCCGAGGAGGUCGCCAUACAACGAGCUGUUGAUCGCGAGGCACACCUACAGCAGGCGUUGGGAGAGAUUAAGGCUGAGAAAGAGAGAAUGACUAGGAGAAGAGCCAGGAUGCAGCGGAGGCAAGCGGACGUUAGUGAGUUAGAGGAGAUGGACCCAGCAGAGAUGGAGGAUGAUGUGAGGACCAUACGGUCGGUCUUGUUGAGCGUAGUAGAGAUGCAAGAACACCAAAUGGAGAUCUUACUAGACAUCCAACAAAGUCUGGCUGUGUUAGUCGGGCGAAUGCAAGCGUCACCAUCACCGUUCGGGCCAGGUGCCUGGCCCGGUGCACAUCCUCCUCCUUUUGUCCCACUGGUGACUGGGGUAUCCCCAUAUACAGCCCCGGCAUCUGUCCAGACCGUUUCCCCGGGCAUGCUGUUAUCAGGAGGGUUAUCAGCAGGUCCUAGUUUGCAGGUUCCUGUACAGCCAGUGUAUUUCCAACCUCCGUUGCAGAUUGCAGUUACAACGCAACCUGCUAUCUCGCAGACUGUACAGCCGCAGGGUACACAACCCCUACAGCCAGUGCAGCCGCUUGCAUCACAGGGUCCACAGCCCAGUGGGAUGCAGGGACCGGGACAAACCCAGUGGGUACCAAAGACGGCCAUCGCGGCUCCUAAACCCUUCACAGGGGAUAAGAGGGGCGAAGACCUCGACACCUGGUUGAGGGCAGUGCCAGUAUAUGUCAAGUGUAAACUCACCUUGCCGCACGAGGAAGUGCUUGUGGCUGCAUCUUACCUAGAGGGUAGUGCAGCAAGAUGGUUGAGUGGUUUAGUACAACUGCAGGGAUACGGUCACGACUUUCGCGCUUGGGCAGUCACCCAGAAAAUGGACGACUUCCUCAAGUUGGUGGAAGAAAGGUGGCAUGAUCCCCAGGAGGCCCAAAAGGCCACUGAUGCGAUCCUGACACUGCACACGAGGCAGUUCAAGUCAGUGAGGGAGGCCACCGACGCCGUGGAGCGUCUGAUUUAUUUCUCUGGUGCGUUGAUCACUGAGUUUAGGCUUGCGGACGAUGUUACUCAAUCUAUGGUGGAAGGCUAUCGCGAGGCCCAGUUUAUGUCUGAGAUCAUACGCAUACUCGAGGUGAAGGACAAAGUGACUUCUGCCGAGUUUGAGUUGGUCAACGGACUGCUUUUCCUUGAGAAAGAAGGGAAUAAACGUUUGUGUGUGCCAGAUAGGGAGUCUUUGCGUAGUUUAUUUUUAGGCGAGUGUCAUGACGCCACCGGACAUUUUGGCUUCAAGAAGACUGCAGCCAAUCUGCUGCAGCGGUUUUGGUGGCCCACGAUGAUGAGAGAUGCCAAGCUGUACGUGGAGACUUGUCAGGUCUGUCAGAGAGACAAGCCCCAUACACAGGCCCCUCUUGGGCUCCUCAAGCCCCUUCCGAUUCCGGAAAGGCCUGGUGAGAGUCUGUCCAUGGACUUCAUGGACACCUUGGUCACCAGCAAGAGUGGAAUGCGACACAUCUUUGUCAUUGUGGAUAGAUUUAGUAAGUAUGCUAGGUUAAUUGCUAUGCCGGAGACAGCGAAAACUGAGUACGUGAUCAGAUUGUUUAAGGAGAAUUGGGUCAGAGAUUUUGGUGUGCCUAAGUCAAUCGUGAGUGACAGGGAUGUCAGAUUCACCAGUGAGUUGUGGAAGGCUGCCGCUGCCGAACAGGGAACACAGUUGCAGAUGACUUUUGGGAAUCACCCAGAGGCCAAUGGCCAGGCCGAGCAACUGAACCGCGCUGUACAUCACCUGCUGCGGCAUUACAUCAAGCCCAAUCAGGUGGACUGGGGUGAGAAGCUUGCUCUCAUCGCCAGCCUGUACAAUAACGCUGUACACAGCGCCACCGGGGGGAGCCCAAACAGCUUAUUACUGACCUUCAAGCCUAGACUACCCUUGGAUUUUCUCCUUCCUGAGAACCAGCCAACUGCUGCACUGGGUACCUUAGAAUUCGCUUAUCGCUACGAACAGAAAAUGCAGCAGGCAAUAGAACAGAUGCAAAAGGCACAGGCGGCAAUGAUAGAAUCUGAAAACAGGCACCACCGCCAAUCUACAUUCCAGGUUGGGGACAGGGUCUGGGUUAAGUCCUCAGAACUGGGACAGGAGCACGAGAUUUCCCGCAAGCUCAUGCCUCAGUACUUUGGACCAUGGGAGGUCUUAGACAUUGUCGAGACUGAUCUGGAUGGACCAUCUUCUGUAAUCCGGAUCCCUGGUCAUCUCCACACUUAUCCUGUCUUUCACGCUUCUAAGCUUUCACCUUUCGAGGAAACUGAUCAGCUUCCCUCUCGUCGCUCUAUGCUGCCCCCAACCAUUGAUGGAGAGGUCGACAUCGAUGACAUCGUCGACCAUAAGGAAAUGCCAGUUCCAAGACCGACAGGCAGGGGACGUCCUCCGAAACCGAAGCUGCAAUACCGGGUUCGGUUCAGACAUCACACGGAUCCAACGGAGGAUCGAUGGUUUACCAAAGAAGAACUCAUGCAGACCGCUCCUCAGUUGUUGCUCAAUAUGAAAAGUCUCUGCAGAACGGAAAGUGCCAGAUUAUCGAAGACUGAACUUCUCAGAGGACUAUCAAAGUUAUGGAGGAGGGAAUGCGAGGCCAAGGCCCCGAUGAACCCCUUUUUGGGCCUGUUAUGCAGCACGUCCGCCACCCUAAGUGAAGGCAGGCUCGACGAGGGCCUGAGGGCCCCUAUUUCGGUCACGACGCAACUGUGGAAAAUUCAGGCAGUUGCGCAGCACCGGUUGGUUGAAGAGCACCCAGGCCCAGGCCACCUGUUUGCAUGUAUGGAAGGCAGGCCCUGGGCUGGAUACAGGAUAUGGGCCAAACAUAGGCCGAGGACAGUUGGGCACAAGUAACCACCACAGGCCCUGGGCCUGAUUCGUGUGGACCGGGCCUCAGCCUACCGGGGCCUACCGUAA